CCCCUCUGACUUGCUGACGAUAGUACUGUCCUAUGUCAUGGUUCCUAAUUGAUCGUAAACUGCGAUACUGAAUCGCUGACAUUGUUAUUUCAAAGGAGAUUGACCAAAAUUCACGCGUGCAGAUGCGCUUUCGAAAAGCCUUGCUUGCAGAGUUUUAGCUACUACGCUCUCAUUAAGCGUUUACAAAAGACUGACGACGAUAAACAGAGGAAGAUGGCCGGGAGUGGCAUGGCCCAGAAGACCUGGGAGCUCUCCAACAGCAUGCAGGAAGUUCAGAGUAUAGACGAGAUUUACAAAUACGACAAGAAGCAGCAACAAGAGAUCCUGGCCGCCAAACCGUGGACUAAAGACCAUCAUUAUUUCAAGUACUGCAAGAUCUCCGCCCUGGCCCUGCUAAAGAUGGUGAUGCACGCUCGGUCAGGAGGCAACCUGGAGGUGAUGGGACUGAUGUUGGGGAAGGUGGACGGCGAAACCAUGAUCAUCAUGGACAGCUUUGCCCUGCCCGUGGAAGGCACCGAGACCCGAGUCAACGCGCAGGCGGCCGCUUAUGAGUACAUGGCGGCGUACAUCGAAAACGCCAAGCAGGUUGGACGCCUGGAAAACGCCAUCGGCUGGUAUCACAGUCACCCAGGCUACGGCUGCUGGCUCUCCGGCAUCGAUGUCAGCACACAGAUGCUCAACCAGCAGUUCCAGGAGCCCUUUGUGGCGGUUGUUAUUGACCCAACUCGAACCAUAUCUGCAGGUAAAGUCAAUCUUGGAGCCUUUAGAACAUACCCAAAGGGCUACAAGCCACCGGAUGAAGGGCCCUCGGAGUACCAGACCAUCCCUCUGAAUAAAAUUGAAGACUUUGGUGUGCACUGCAAACAGUACUAUGCCCUCGAAGUGACUUAUUUUAAGUCCUCCCUCGAUCGCAAGCUGCUUGAGCUCCUUUGGAACAAAUACUGGGUGAACACUCUGAGCUCGUCCAGCCUGCUGACAAACUCAGACUACACCACGGGGCAGGUUUUCGACCUGUCUGAGAAGCUUGAGCAGUCAGAGGCCCAGCUGGGGAGGGGGAGCUUCAUGCUGGGCUUGGACACGCACGACCGCAAGUCUGAGGACAAGCUAGCCAAAGCCACACGGGACAGCUGUAAGACGACUAUAGAAGCCAUCCACGGGUUGAUGUCCCAAGUCAUUAAAGACAAGCUCUUCAAUCAAAUCAAUACCUCUGCCAAUUAGGCUGGUGGAAGGGGGCGGCUUUGCUCCACGGCGGCGCCUGGCCGUAUCGCAGACAUCCUGCUGUGUGAGUGUGUAGUGGGGCUCUAAUUAGUGUCUACCGUUUAUCUACGGCUGUGUUUCAGCUUUAUUUGGUUCAUUUCCACCAUUGUCUGUCAUUUCAGUGUAUGUUCAAUAAACAAAUUUUUGACAGACUUUUUUGACGCUUGGAUUAAUGUUGUGUGGUUGCUAGUGGGAAUGUUUAUAUAUGACAUAAUGACUAACUUGUAUUUGUUUAAUGACUAGGUUGUUAGUUUGUUUAUGUGCAGUAUUAUAAAGACAAUUGAGAUUAAGUCUGUUACAAAGGGUAAUAAAUCAUUAGGUUUUUGAAGUUUGA